AUGCGUGCAGACAACAUAAAUCUUAUUGCUAAAAAAGACCCCUUAAGUUGCCAGUAUGCAUAUUCGUACAUAAAAGGCCGUCAAAGUAAAGGCAAUAUUGAUUUGGUAAGACAAAAUAUGCGAAGACUCGCAAAACUCUUAGACUUUGCAAGACGACAGAAUUCUGAUAUAAAGAAACUUAUAGAUAUUCUUCGCCCAAAGCAUUUUCAACUAAUAAUUUCAGGAGUUAAUGAAAUAGCAAAAUAUAACCCAGCAACAGAUAAUUAUGAGUCACCAACUUUAGCCAUAAAUUUUUUAACACUUGUUCAGAUUGAAAACACAAAAUAUGAGAGAAAAGAACUUAAAAUAUUAAAAAUUCUUGUAGAAUCCCAAUGGUGUAAUGUAGUUUCUGCUCAAGCAUGUACCAAUUUAAAUCAAAAUAAAUGGAACAAGGAAUAA